AUGGAUGAAACACAAAGACUUUUCCGCCAACUGUACCACAGUAUAACAGGCAUUCUCUUUUGCACAAUAUGGUCCCAUUGUCAAAUUUUCGCUUUGCUCAACCACCAAGAACGUCAUGCCAGAAAAGCCUUACAUCAGCGCAAAAUACCGUCGUGUAUCACCAUCCAAAGACUUACCCACCCCACGCCAUGGAGGCCAUGUUGGGCUUAUGCAUGUCCUGCUACAAAGAACACAUCACUGAUCUACAUUCCAGCCGGUGAGGAUACCGUCAAGAUACGGUGCAACACAAAUUCCGGCCAUUAUUACCGGACGUUUUAUCUCAACCAGCUCAAACACAAGAUUGCCAUGAUCAACGCUGGAAAUAAAUAUCCCAUUGAAUACAACCCCUCUGCUUAUGGACCACCGGUGAACAUUGCUGGCGCGGUUGUUGUCCGACGUGAAGAAAAAGAACGCCCCCGUACGAAACACCCCCCUCCUCAACACAAGUGCACUCGUCCAACGUUGGGCCCCACUGCCCUCAAGCACAAAGCUGCCGGUCAUGCUGGGUGUGUACGACAACAUUGCAAGUCCUGCUGUCAAACUUUUGGCACCGGCGAUUGUUAUGUACAUUCUCAGAAUGCUCAAAGCAUUGGUCAAGUCGGUAGAAUCUGCCCAGCCAAUAGCCGGGCGGUGGUAUUAAGAGCCCGUGAGGAAGCCAUCAUCCAGGCCGGUAAGCCCAGUAUUGACGAAGGCAAGGUGGUUAGUCUGCAUUUGAUUAUCAAGGACUUCCGGCCUCCAGUAAUCACCCAUAUGUUCAAGCAAUGGCCUGUUGCCAUUUUUGGCGAUCGUGAGUCACUUGUGCACCAGGCCAAAGAGGCAGCUGGCCCCACUUGGGAUGACCAUCUUCUUGUGUGGGACGAACAGGUCAGGAACUGGGUGAGUCCAAAGAUUCUGCUUCCCCAAGCCGAGUGCAAGUGCAACGUGAAAUCUUGUUGA